GGUAAUCUAGAACUCGACUACUAUAGUAAAGAGGUACUAGAGGACUUUACGACUACAGACUAUAUUUCUUGUUUAUUACUAUUAAUCCUGUUUAUUAAUGACUUUAGCAUCUAUUGUAAUAUAUACCGAGCGCUAAAGGGUUUUUAUGUCACCCUUAUAUACUUAGAUUUUAAUAAGCGAAGAAAGCCUUUAAAUAAGUUUACCUUAACACUUAGUCCUUAUAACGUAUCUUUUUAA